UGGGCCAGUGAGCUCAUGCCACAGGCGCCCAGCCAGGCGGGGGUGGGUGCUCUGCCCUAUAAAGCCCCCGCAGCUCCCUGGCCCGCAGACAGUUUGGAGGGCACAAUGACGGACUGCGAGGCGGUGCAGAGGGCCACCGCGCUCAUCGAGGAGCGGCUGGCACAGGAGGAGGGGAGCAAGAAGGCCCAAGGAGCCGCCCCCCAGAAGCUGCCCAUGGACUUGCUGGUGUUGGAGAAUGAGAAGCACCAUGGGGCUCAGAGUCCGGCUGUACAAAAGGUCAAGGGCCAGGAGCGGGUGCGCAAGACGUCGCUGGACCUGCGGAGGGAGAUCAUUGACGUGGGCGGUAUCCAGAACCUCAUCGAACUGCGCAAAAAGAGGAAGCAGAAGAAGCGGGAAGCCCUGACCGCCACCCCGGAGCCGCCUCCGGAGCCCGAGGAGAUUAGUGGCCCCGUGGAUGAGGAGACGUUCCUGAAAGCAUCGGUGGAGGGGAAGAUGAAUGUCAUUGAGAAGUUCCUGGCCCAGGGGGGUUCCGCAGACACCUGCGAUGAGUUCCGCCGGACAGCACUGCACAGAGCCUCGCUGGAAGGGCACAUGGAGAUUCUGGAGAAGCUUCUGGACAGUGGGGCCACUGUGGACUUCCAGGACCGGCUGGACUGCACAGCCAUGCACUGGGCCUGCCGUGGGGGCCACUUGGAGGUCGUGAAACUCUUGCAAAGCCGGGGAGCAAACAGCAACGUGAGGGAUAAGCUGCUCAGCACCCCCUUGCACGUGGCGGUCCGGACAGGGCAUGUGGAGAUUGUGGAAUAUUUUCUAUCUCUGGGCCUGGACAUUAAUGCCAGAGACAGAGAAGGGGACAGCGCCCUGCACGAUGCCGUGAGGCUCAACCGCUACAGAAUCAUCAAACUGCUGCUCCUGCAUGGGGCUGACAUGAUGACCAAGAACCUAGAGGGAAAGACUCCCACGGACCUGGUCCAGCUGUGGCAGGCUGACACAAGGAACGUCCUGGAACACCCUGAGCCUCGGUCAGAGCAGAACGGACUGGCGGGUCCUGGCGAGGGUGGGCAGGAGGUCCCCCAGCCUGUGACAGCUCAGUAAACACCUGUCCUUGUGCUGCCUGCCACCCUCAGCCGGCGUGGUGUGCAGCCAGCAUGAACCAGCGCCCCACCCCCCACCCCACCCC